AUGAAGGCUCAAGUCACUGGCUGGUUCCAUCUUCUCCUCAGUGUUCAUGACCAGCUCCUCCCUGGCUUCCAUGCUGGUACCGUCGCACGCCUUGGCGUCGGACCUUGUGCCGGCCUAGUUGUGCAUCUUGAUAUCACAGUCGGAAAUUAUCGUCAGCCACACACGCAUUUCAAGUUCACCAUCCGCCAUGGUGGUCGAUCUGUGCCUUUCAUGGAUCUGAUCGUCCCUCUUGACUACGUUGUUACUGCGAUCACCGUCAACAGCAUCGAUGCGGAUGACAUCAACUCUCUCGCACACUUCUGCAUGUUGAAUGCUAUGGACAUCUCAGAGUUCGCGAACCAUGUCAAGGAUUUCGAUACUCUUGCCGAGAAAGUGCGCCGUCUUCGGAUCGAUGUUGACUGGUCAAAGCUCUUUGUCAUCGAUAACUUGGAGUUCAAGCACAACAUCAAACUGGACCCUUCUACCACGCACAACAUCACCUUUGCUGUGAGUAGCCAGCUUAAGAAGAAAAGCAUGGGGCUCCUUAAGGCAUGGUCCUUCCAGGAAGUAACAUUCGAUCGCACUUGGCCCGAUAUUCUUGCCAAUCUCAAUCAGUUCAAGAACCCAUACGCAGAUUACCUCGUGGAUACGCGUUUCGGUUAUCGGGACCUGACAUACAAGAACGUGGGUGGGAUCGACCCUGACGAGCGACCCGAUCGUCCCAACAAGGCCUCAACCUACUUCAUGGGUGCCGAGCAUCGAACUGUUGCCUUGCUAGCUGGUGCCGCCGAAGAGCAAGAGAUGGUUGAUAGUCGUGCACUCGCACUUCUUGAUACACCUAUCCUAGCUGUGGUCUGGUCGGAUAUCUUCUCUUCGUGGGAACCACAGGACGAUGAUCUUGAAGUUUAUGGCAUCUUCUUUACCAUCUUCCAUACUACCCCCAGGUGA